AUGCCUAUCUCACCGUCUAGUAUGCCUUAUCCAACCCGCUUAUCCUCCGAACCAUCAAAAGAUCUCAUUGAAAAAGUAUCAAGACGUUUAUCAACAACUGGUGAAAUAGCCAGGCUAACCGCUUACAUUCCAGGACGUUUAUCUGAAUUGAAUUGGUGUGAAAGUGUACUGGAAUUAUGUCGUGAAUAUGUAAGGAAUAAUACAGCCAGUGGUCUACAAGCUGGUGGAAUACAAAGUAUUGAAAAGCCAGAACCAUCAGCAAUACCAGUUGAUGAUAUUGUCAAAGCGGUGACACCACAAUCAAGACUACGUUUACCACAAGAAUUGUAUACUGAACUUGUGAAUCGGAUUAUUGAAUUUAUUGGAGAACAACUAAUUGAUUAA